AUGGCACUGUUGUCCUACAGCAAGGCUGAGGCCUUUCUGUCUGGAGCUUGCAUGUUCUUUCUGGUGCCUGUGUGGAUUCGCUCUAGGUAUGGUGGCUUCAUCCCACAGUUAAUUGUAGGUGCCUGUCCAGCACUAAAGUUUAAAGGUGUAUAUGUUGCUGAUCUGACUCUGGACAGUGGUCUUGAGAGUAGCUGUUGGGUUAUGAUUGGGAUUGUAGAGCCCCCACCUGUUCAAAAAGUGUAUCCUACAGAAGGGAGGGAUUCACAUCCAUCACAGUCUCCAGGGAAACCAUAUCUAUCAGAGGCCCCAAUUUUUUUAAGGGGAUGUCAGCAGAAGAAAAUUUUACUGCUGGAUAUGAUCCACAGCUGACCUACAGUAAGAAGUCAGUGCGUGGGACCAACAGUGAACCUUUGUGCAGUCUGUGGUCUGCCAAACAUGUACGGACACACACACACACACACACACACGGUGUACGGAAGCGCUGCUCUGCAGCCACCUGGUGGUGAGGAAAGGUACCAGCCACUGCUCCGCGGAGCUUUAGCACAGUUGAAGAUGGCGACUGGAGUCCUUCAGAGAGUCUGCGGUGGUUUGGGUCGGGCUAAAAGCGGGGCCCACUCGGCCGGACAGCUCGUGCUCUGGGGCAGGGGGUUUGCAACUUCCAGCUGCAGAAACAGAGAGGACAGCUGGUUCAAGUCACUGUUUGUGAGGAAAGUUGAUCCCAGAAAAGAUGCACACUCCAAUCUGCUGACCAAAAAUGAGGAGAGUAACCUCUACAAAAUUCAGUUCCAUAAUGUCAAGCCAGAGUGCCUGGACGCAUACAACAAACUCUGUGAGGAUGUUUUGCCCUCAAUCCAUGCUGAUAAGUACUACCCCUGUGAGCUGGUGGGAACCUGGAAUACCUGGUAUGGAGAACAAGACCAGGCUGUGCAUCUGUGGCGUUACAGAGGUGGAUACCCAGCUCUCACUGAGGUGAUGAACAAACUCAGGCAGAACAAGGAAUUCACAGCAUACAGGAAGGAGCGAGGUAAGAUGCUGUUGUCCCGCAGGAAUCAGCUCCUCCUGGAAUUCAGCUUCUGGAAUGAGCCAGUACCCCGAACGGGACCAAACGUAUAUGAGCUCAGGUCUUACCAGCUCAGGCCAGGAACCAUGAUCGAGUGGGGUAAUUACUGGGCCAGAGCCAUUCGAUACCGCCAGCAAAACAGGGAAGCUGUGGGAGGGUUUUUCUCACAGAUCGGAAACCUCUAUAUGGUCCAUCACCUCUGGGCUUACAAAGACCUUCUGUCCCGAGAAGCCACGAGGAAUGCUGUGUGGCAGCAGGAAGGCUGGCAUGAGGUGGUGUAUUACACAGUUCCUCUCAUUCAGCACAUGGAAUCAAGGAUCAUGAUCCCAACAAAGGCUUCCCCGCUGCAGUGAAAUGAAAAGCCAGCUGGAAGCCGAGAGCGAGUGGCACCUCGUCUGAAUGUUACAGCAGCAUCAUGGGUUCAAUCUCCUGUCACUGCUGCCAAACAUCAUCCCUUCUCUUUUCUUGUCUUUGUUUUAUUACUUCAGGAUGUUGCUUGGACUGAAAUUUAUCUGCAGUUAAAAUAGUUACUGAAAGGCACCACGCCACUCUUUAAGAUUCACAACUUUCUCUGUUUGAGUUCAGGAUCAAGGGAAGUACUGUCAAAUCAAUUAAAAAUCUGAAGAUGUUUGUGUAUGCAUCUGGUGCCACAUUAAAACUGGUCCGUGGAGAGAUUUCAUUUCCAAGUUCAUAACCAACCAAAGUUACUUGAAAGGAAAAAAGAAAAAGGAGCAGCUGUAUGGUGUUUAAGUGUGGGAACAGAUUAAAAAUAGUACUGCUGAAGCUCGAUACAAGAGUCAUUUAUUUAUUUAAUGUAAAUUUAAAGUUCAUGUUUUAAGUGUGCUGAGCAACUUUGAUGUAAAAGCCAUGCCACUGCAGACUGAAGUUAGAGCCCCUGUAUGAAUAUAUAAACUACAUUUCUGUCAAAAUCAUAAGUAUGACAUGGUGUGAUACCACAAUUUUAUAUCUAAUGUAUAUUAUAAGUCAGUUUUACUUCUUUCAGUUGCUUUUUUGUGGGUGUUCCAACAUUUCCUUUAAUGGUAACGUUCAUGUUUAGUGAUGAUGUGUUUGUAACUGUGGCUUCCACUUGUAUUUUUUUUUUUUUUUCUCGUCAGGACGGCAUGCCUGGUUUUAAAGUCCGUUUUUAUCCAGCGUCUUUUAAUGAGGCACAAAAAUCAUGUAUGAUACAGUGAAAACAGGUGUUCUGCAUAUCAGUGACAGUGAAUUUGUUACGCAGCCGAUCAGUCAUGCUGCUUCAUACUGUAACAGUUUUUAUUGUUAAAGGAAGCAUGUUAACCUUUGUUCAGCGGGAACAAUGUAGAGACAAGGACAAGAACACAGAUUAAAGUUUUUCAAACAGCAA